AGUACCAGAACAGCUGCUAUGCCUCAUUGUGGUCAUUUGGACGUAUGCAACGUUGGAAAGCAAAGAGCUAAUUAUAGAAGAUCUUGGUCUUGCAUGAUUUUAUUUUUUUCUCGACGAUUCGAUCGAACACGAACUAUUUGUGUUGACGUUUCUUGCAAACUACCCUAGUAAAAAAAAUAUUUUCUGGUUUCUCUCUCUGUUGGAUGAAAUUUGUCUUUUCGUUCGCGAAAGAAUAGAUAGCUCGGUAAUAGAGUUAGAAUUUUUUGGAAUUUCGUCCUAUAUUUGUGAUUCGCUAGUGCAGAAAAUGAAAUCAAGAAAGAUCAUGCCGCAACAUGCACCAGGGAUGAAGAUGUUGAGCGCGCCAGGCGCCGACAACGAAGACAGCGCGCGAAGCUCUUUCCGCAUUAACAGCGGACGGGAGGUGGAGCAAAGCCGGUGGGAUGCCAUUUUCACUAGUACUAAGAACACGUCCAGAAAAGUCUCCCAUGCCACCACGACGACGCGGCGCGCUGCUGCUUUGCUCUUCCUCGCGGUUGCAGCGCGGCUAGACGCAGGUGUCGCACUUAUGAAAGUGAUGAAGUCCAUGUCCACCAGUCCACGACAAAACCAAAACGUGGAUGGGCGCACAGCAGGAGUGCAAGCACAAGGCACUACAACUCCAGUUUCGCCGUCGUCUUCUGCAGCUGCAACUACCGGCGGCCAACAUCGUCGAUUGGAGAGCAUCGAGCGACUUUUCGAUUUGGAUCAGCCGACCAAACAAGCAGUACUGAAAAUGAAAACCACGAAAAACUGCAAUACUAGCAGUUGUGGGACCGCGCCAGGAGGUCCGAGGGCAUCGCGGAGCGCAGAAGACGACGAGGAUGAGGAAGAUGAAGAAGCGGGGCUACACCAGUUGCUUUCACAGAAAAAGAAGAAAGAUGCUCAUUAUCCUGGCCGAGAAAUAAAUUAUACGAGUAAAGAGGUACUAGACCAGGCUCCAUUUUUCAUCGUCGAUGGCGACACUCCUGGAUCUUCGCGGUCCUCAAUUGCAUCGUCCACAUCGGGUGGUUCCAUUUCCUCCACUUCGCUCGCAGCAGGUGGAGAGCUGCCUCCCGAUCAUGGCCAGGAGCGUGGGGCCGCGGCGGAUGUUGAAAAAGCGCACCUUGGUCAUUCUCAUUGUGCCCCCGUCUGUGGACCACACCAAGACCAAUUGGGAAAUGAUAAAGUAGCAAGAAAACCGAUCACAACUGCUACUGCGGCUACCGCAGCGGACGAAAAUUGUCUUUGUGAUCACGACAACUACGAGAUGAAGCAGAAUUCAAAAGAUUCAACGGCCCUCUUCACCACGUCGGGUCGUCCAGGCUCUGGAUCCGCAGCCUCAUCAAGUUCAUCGUCAAGCUCUGGGUCUCUAUUUCACCUCAACGAGGACAAGGUCACCACUUCCGAAGACGCAGCCGCGGCAUCUAGAAGUACGAAAAGAUCUUCCGAACUCGUAUCUCUUCCGUUUUUGGUGCAAGAACGCAGAUCCAACUACAACCUUGAGCGAAGAUCCACGAGCUCAAUGAUCAUUGAGGAUCCGACGUUGAGCGAGCAGGAGGAGCACGACCGGCGACAGAGAAAGAGAAUGGGUGCUUCUUUCCGGCGCUUGUCGCAAAGGAAAACAGAAGCUCGUCGUGGCGAAGAAGUUAAGGAAGAUGCUGACUGCUGGUCCUGCAGCGCCAGCACCAGCAGCUUUUCAUCGAGAACAGAUGAAAAGGCCCUUCGUCCUUCAGAGUCGUGUUCGGGAGCAGGUGCAGGAGGCUCAUCUUUAUCGGCGUUGCUAAAUCUUGCGACGACUUCUACGAUGACGUCGUCGGGCCAGGACCACAUAAGCAAGAACGAUCCUGCGGGCGGCGAAGAGGAGUUACUAUCAGCUUCCUGCGAACAGCAGCACGCGGGCGGGGAAGUGGAAGGGCUGGGCGAGGACUUGAAAUUGGCAAUGAUGGAGGAGUAUGCAUUGCAAACAUGUCUGGGCCUGGAAGAGUGGAAAAUGUUGCCAUGCAGAUUUUCCAUACAUGUACAUCAUGUGAUGAGGUCUCCGUCUCGACUUGGAAACUAGCAUCACAGAUUCUGCAAGGUCCUUGCAAUGCCUAAGCCUACCCUGCAUGACGAGGAGAAGUGUCCCCUCAUUUUUAAACUCGAGCGACAUGAUUCGUGGGGAUCUUUUGGCAGUCAUGUACAUGUAACGCAGUAGAACAGAACGCAUCACAAGUUGCGUCCUUCCAGACCCCGACAGAUACUUCUAAUGCAUAAGGAACAAGUCAGAAAGAUGGAGCAAAUCCUCGGCGAGUUAAACAACCCGCACAGAAUUUCGACGACGAAGAAGUACGACAAACUGUGUGCGAGACUCGCAAGAGAUGCCGUUGUCGAGGAGAAAGAACGACAGCGAGCUGAUCAUAUAGCUGAGCAGGAAGAACAGCAGCAGGGAAUGCCACUGACUGCAGGUGGAAUAGACGCUGAGUUGUCGAAAACAAAGACAGUAACAGCAUCUUCCUGGUGCCCUUACUUCGGCGCUCAACAACCGGCUGCACUUCGGCAGUACCUCGAGGAGAGCGGGAUGCCCGUGCCGAAACUCCUGCCAGAAGCAGCUGGGUUUAAGCCGCUGGAAUUGUCGCCACUAGUACAACACAAUCAAGAAGAAGAUGAGAUGAAACAAGAAGAGCAACGUCCACCUCAGAUGAGCUGUACAUCUUCAGUGAACAAAUUAGUAAAGCUACCUCAUGAAGUUGAAGUAGAAGUUGUGCCGCGAAACGAGGGAAUAGAAAAGGAUGAUGACGAGACGACUGGGAUGAGAAAAAGAUCUUCAAGUCGUCCAGAUGAUGACUCUGAUUCCUCUCCGCAGUUCUACCUGACCAGUCUCUCCCCGGGGGGAACCACAAGGAAGUCGUGGCCUGGGUCCUCGUUGGAGGCAAGUAGCGAGGAAGGAGCUGCAGGAGCUUCCGAAAUUUGGUACGGCGUACCAGCGCAAGAACAGAGGAGAACAAGAAGAGUGCCAAACGCGGUAGCUCGUUUUGUUACAAGAAAUCAGGCCUGCACGACACAAGGAUCGUCAUCUGCAUCUUCAUGUUCCAGCAACGAAGAGGACACGGAGGAUUCCGAAGUCUCUGAGGAGAUGCGGGAGUCGGACGACGUGUCUAACGUCUUUUCCGGUUGCAACAAGCAGUCGGGUGACGUCGAGAAGAACGCAUCUGCUGGGGAACAAUCUAAAAAUGUGAAUGACAACAACAGCGGCGAGGACGUGUUACAACAGGAGGAUUCUGAUGCUGACGAACCAAGUAGAACAGGCUGUUCUACUUCUUGCACGACUAGCAGAGCUCCUGCUACAGCACCACUCUACCUUCGCGAAAAAUCCGAAUCUUCUCCAACAGACGACUUGUUACCGUUCUUUGUGCAGCCGCACGACCGCUCGUGCGUAAAUGAAGAAAGAAGUAGCUGCCAGAGCGCAUCGGAAAUUAUGCAACUCGACGGUGCAGCAGAUGAAAGUGAAACACAUGCGGAUCCUGUAGUUGUCGAAGACCCUACCGACGAAGACGAAGAUCUCUUUCACGUCGCGACCAGCAAAAGUGGCGUACUGCGAAAAUUGUGGAAGGACCACUUAUCCACGGCCGCCCCCCUCGCCCGGCGUCCGUGUGUGACGGCCGGAGUUUUGCUCCUGUGUGCAGGGUUGGAGCAACUCUGUUUGCAGAAUGGCGUGGUAGAUAGCGGUAUGUUUACUAGAGGAGCGUCAUGCAAGAGCUGUUCGAUAAUACCAGAGCAUGACGGGAGUAGUUCCUCGGGAUCUUUCUCUACUUCUACUGCGUGGACCAACAUCUUAUUACCGGGUGAGGACCACGCAAAAGAAACAAAAGGGGCGGAGCUCUUCGCGCACGACAGCAAGGUUCUCGCCGGGGACUCUCCGGAUGUUGACAUGUUCGUCGACCACAAGAUGAUGUUGAGCAGCAACGAAGUUGAUUCUCCGCACGAAGCGCCUGAUAAACUCGGAACCGCUCGCCGUGAAGGUGGGAGUGAAUCCGAUGUCCACAGUGCUGUCACUGAAAUGAUCAGUCGUCGCGGACGAGGCAAUAAUCCUCCUGAGGAGGUGGGAGAAGAAGGAGAUCAGGUACGAGAAUUUUUAUCGGUUCUUGUUGGAACAAGUAGAAGACGGGAAGGAAACAUCUACUUUGCAAUUUUUUUGUCUGUCGAGCUCGAAUCCGCCCGCGUGUACUAGUAUUGUAUUGCGAGACAAGAUGAAGAAAAUUAGAAGUACUUCUCUCACUGAAAUCUUUAUCUGUAGGCGGAGCUGCAAGAACGAGAACAUCUCCCUGCGAGGACGACUACGUCCGCGUUCGACAAGCUUCGGGAUCGCAAAAAUAUGUUUGGCGGGCUAACGACAUUAUCGCUUGCGGCCGCGGCAACCGCAUACCUACGCUCUUCUACUUCGAAUAGCGGCGGCAUGGCGUAGUACGAAGUUAUUUGCAAUUUUGGACUCAUGAUGUUUGCAUUUUUUUGAAAGCCCGAAGGAUACCGUUGUUUUUCGCAUUGUGUAGUUCGCGAAUCACGGCGGUACGGUUGAUAUUGGAAGAAAAACUUUGACAUUGUCACGGGGACACGCGUAAUUGCUUUUUUUUGGUUGAUUUAUAGUGCUUAAAAUCAAGCUGUCGCUCGUUAUUCAACGAUGAUGGCGUCGGAGACACGACUUGCCGUUCGUAUACUGUAUGCGAGCGACUAAGGAAGUGUUUCUGAAAUGUAAGUACACCGCUACGUGCUGUACACACGGAGAACGUGGGCUUGAUUUUCUUACAUUGGAUUUUUUAUCACACCCCUGAUACAGGAUUCGGUCGCGACGUGGGUUGUAAAGCUUUUUCUUCUACUGAUGUGCAGUAAAGCCAUCGAAGCUCGUGAUGCUCCUGCGCCGACGAGUGCGCUGUUUUCAAAAUUUUACAGCGGCGGUUCCGUGUUACACUUGCCGCUUUUUAGCAAGCAUGAAAUUAUACAUAGUUUGCACCCGCCCAGGCGGGAGCGAAUUGUUGAUUUCCCUUCGAUUUCGAAGGGGCCGGGUCAUGGUGUCGUGGGAGCGAGGCAAAUCGUCAGGUAGUCUGUCGCUCAAGGCAAAACCAAAAGGGGCAACUCCUUCUCGGAUGUCGCAUGUUCUUCGUAGUAAGUAGAUCGUGAAGAGAUGAGAUGAUGAAGCAAAAGGGAGUCCGGGGCGGGUUUGUAAUUAUGUCGUCUUCGUAUAUCUCCUGUGGUUUUCACAAACACAAGUUAGUUUAGAAUUAGAACUAGAGGAACCUUUUGUGAUUGAUCGCCCACAGGCAUAUAUGCUGCAUUUACUGCCCUGACUGUGACGCUUUGAAAAAA